AUGGCGUUGCUAUGGGAUCUUCUGUGGCCGGCACUUGCCUUUCUGGUUGCUGCCGUUUGCCUGCUGUUGGUCUGGGCCGUUUGUUACCACUUCUUCACGACAGAAGUUCCUCCGGGAAUCUGUCAGCCUCUGAAGAUCAGGAUACUACAUAUUGCGAUGUCCGUGGGCUUUGCUCUGGAGUAUAUUUUCUGGAAGAUGGGUCUUUGUAAGGCUUUUACCAUUUUGAGGAUCCUGACAGAUGGAAUCCCGCCAAUGGCAGACCCAAGUCUAUUUAUCAAGGAUGCAUACUUUGAAGAUGUGUUGGUGAGGGUCUAUAAAGUCAAAAGACCCUCUCCUGAGAAGAGGAAAGGAAUCAUGUUUUUCCAUGGAGGAACUGGCACAGUUGGAAGCAUUGAUGCGUAUGAAAGAGUGUGUCGAUACAUAACCAAGAAGAGUGACACAGUGGUAGUAUCUGUUGGGUACCAUCUGGCUCCAGAAUAUCAAUAUCCCACACAGUUCAGAGAAUGUCUGAGUGCUACCACAUUCUUUAUGAAGACUGCAGAGAAAUACGGAGUUGAUCCUGCUCAGAUUAUAAUUAGUGGAGAUUCCUUUGGAGGCCUGGUUGCUGCUUAUGUGGUCCAAGAGUUGGUGAGGCGGCCACAUUUCCCCAAGCCUCGAGCCCAGAUCUUGAUCAGCCCUUUGGUUCAAUGUCUGGAUUUCAAUUUGCCCUCUUAUCAACAGAACCAUUUUGUCCCCAUUGUGUCCUGCAGAGUUUUUUUGUUAUUCAUUUCUUGGUACCUCAGCACCAGCAAGACACUGUUGGAAUACCUAGAGAAUGACUCGUUUAUGCCCAAAGAUGUUAUAACAAAGUACCAGAAAUGGCUACAUUUGGAUCAUAUCCCUGAGAAAUUGCAAAUGCAAGGCCCUGUUCAGAACACCUCACCACUCACUUCCCCUUUUAACAACAUAGAUUUUUUAAUAAAGACUUUAUACCAACCAACCAUUGGCCCUCUUCUGGCUGAAGAUGAAGUCUUUUCCCAACUCCCUGAUACUUUCAUUUUAACUUGUGAAUUUGAUGUUCUGAGAGACGAUGGGCUCUUGUACAAGAAGCGGCUAGAAGACAAUGGUGUCCGGGUGUCCUGGUGUCAUCUCAAGGAUGGAUUUCAAGGGGUAUUUUACUUUUUUAGUCAUUGGUUUUUAAGUUUUCCAUGUUGCAAUGUAGGAGUAGACAAUGUAGUGAAGUACAUUAAAAGUUUAUAA